ACACACUUUUUAAUGGUCUUGGACUUGGUGCUGUCAUUGGCCUGGGAGUGGCAGCCCUUUUGUUAAUCCUGGUUGUGACUGAUGUUAGCUGCUUCUUUGUACGACAAUGUGGAUUGCUAAUGUGCAUCACCAGGAGGAUCUGUGGAAAAAAGAGUGGUUCAAGUGGAAAAAGUAAAGAACUGGAAGAAGGGAAGGCUGCUUACUUGAAAGAUGGAUCAAAAGAGCCAAUAGUGGAAAUGAGAACAGAGGAUGAAAGAAUUACCAGUCAUGAAGAUGGGAGUCCAGUAAAUGAGCCAAAUGAGACAACUCCUCUCACAGAACCAGAGAAACUGCCACUAAAGGAGGAAAAUGGGAAAGAAGCUUUAAAUCCAGAAACCAUAGAAAUCAAAGUUGCUAGUGACAUCAUCCAGUCAAAAGAAGAUGAUAGCAAAGCAUAAUAAGAUAAACUACAGCUGUCUGGAUAAUGCAUUUGGAUUGAAGUAACCACGUGACCAAAACUUUACAGCUGACCUUAAUUUCUUGGGAAACUUAAGCUUGGAAUAGUUAGUACAUGUGUACAUAUGAUGAAACAGUUUCUGUCUACGGUUCCUUUCUAUUUUUUUGUUAAUCGGUUUAGGAUGUAGUUUCGCUGACACCAAGUCCCAUGGUAUAAAUUUGAAAAAGCUGCAGAAUAAGAACUGUAAUUUAUUACAUGACAAACUAUAUCUAUUUA